AUGACAGUCGUUGUUCAAACUUGCUGCGCAGCACCGGUCAUAGUGUACUAUAUUCUGAUUCCGCAGUUCUUAUUUCUAGCAAUCAAUCGAUAUUUUCACACAUUUAUCGAAGAUGUUGAGAUGGUCAUCAAGCGAUUCGAUAAGAAGGAAAAUCGUGAUCUCAAAGGCAAUUUCGUAGAAAUGAUCAAUUUGCAUUCGAAGAGUUUAGAAAUUAUCGGAAACUAUGGCCAAAUUAUGAAUGCGCCAAUUUUCAUUGUCAAUACAUUCAAUUUGAUAUGCAUGUGCACGAUUUUGUUCCAAGUAAAAGACAGUAUAUCGAAACGUGAUUAUGCUGAGCUACAUUUGGCGGUGACUGCAAAUUUCGUAAUUUUCCAAAUGGUAUUCUCAUUUUGUUUUCUCGGAGAUCAAAUAACGACCAAAGCAUCUGAAGUCAAAGAAUCGAUUUAUGAUUGCAAUUGGUACAACUAUUCAUCAAAAUUGCAAAAGUUCAUAAUUCCAACAAUCAAUCGCGCUCAUAAGCCCUUCAUAUUUACUGGCUACGCAUUGGUGUCCUGCUCAUUAGAAAGUUUCAAAGAAAUGCUGAGUUUUGUUUUAUCCGCAUUUUUAAUGCUGAUAAAAAUCAGUGAAUAA